GGCCGGGGGAGCCGCCCUGAGGAGGACGGCCGCACUUACGUGGCCUGGACGGUGCCGGGUCGGAGGGACACCUCGAUCUUGUACUUGGCCCCGGUCAGCAGCUUGAUGGUGCGGUUCUGACCGAAGCGCUGCCCGUCCACCUUGAAAUACACGGCCCCGUCGUUGGGCUGGAUUUUGAGGGAGACGCUGAUUUUCACGAGGCCGGGGAUGUCGCCCAUCUCUUGCGGCCGGAGGGGCCUGUGGGCUCUGCGCGCGUCUCGCCCCCUCCGAGGAAAGGCGGCUGGCCGGGAGCGAGGGAGAGGAAGAGGAGGAGGGAGAAGGAAGAGGAGGGGCUGCCGGAUCCCAGCCAGCCCAGCCCUUCCCAAAAGCAGCGGAUGAGAUACUUGAUUAUUUAUUUUCCCUCCCGUUAAUUACGGCGUAGCAUCUGGCGGUUGAUGUCUUUCCCCCCCUUCUUUCCCCCCCGCCUCCACUUCAUCACCCCGCCCCAUAUCCUGGUUUGGGGGACAUUGCAGCUGCUCAGAUUGCUGACGGUUUCCAGGGAGUUAAUCCGGCCCCGAUUACUGCAGCUUUAAUCCCGCAGUUCGUCCCGAAGGAAACGAGACGGCCUGGGCCGAGCUCCGCCUGUUCAGCACCACGGGCGCGGACAGCGCUGAGGCUUCCCAGUCUGUUCUGUGGAGUCAGCAAGAUACAUUAGGCUAAUUCCCUUCCCUUGGGUAUGAAGAUUGGAGCACUCACCUGUGCCCUGGCAAAUGCCUCAGCGCUUUUGAAGGGAGUGUGUUUGCAGGAACUUUAUUCUGAAGUAGCAGAAAUAAAGAAGAAUUUUCUAAAGAAAUACAGCAGUAAGUUCUCCUGUACAAGAAGAGUAAACUGAGCUAACAUAUUCAGUUCUGCUGCAGAUCGUGAUAUUGUGACAAAUUCUGCUCAUCUGACAUCAUGCACCUUUACGUACUUGAGACAGAAAUGGAGAGGACAUAACUUUGCUGCCAGAGGAACUCAACAGCCAGCCCUGACAGAGCUGAGAGCAGGAUUGCCCAAGCCAUGGAGCGAGAGCCAAUGCGCAUAAGGGAGGGCUACUUGGUUAAGAAGGGCAGCAUGUUUAAUACCUGGAAGCCAAUGUGGGUUGUGCUCUUAGAAGAUGGAAUUGAAUUCUACAAGCGGAAGGCUGAUAACAGUCCCAAAGGGAUGAUCCCACUAAAAGCAAGCUCUAUUCACAGCCCAUGCCAAGAUUUUGGCAAAAGAAUGUUUGUCUUCAAGCUUACUGUGGCCAAGCAGCAGGACCACUUUUUUCAAGCUGCCUACCUGGAGGAGAGAGAUGCCUGGGUGCGGGAUAUCAAGAAAGCAAUUCAUUGCAUAGAUGGAGGCCAAAGAUUUGCCAGAAAAUCCACAAGGAAGUCCAUCAGAUUGCCUGAAACAAUCAAUCUGAGUGCUUUGUACCUCUCAAUGAAAGAUCCUGAAAAGGGAAUAAAGGAGUUGAAGCUGGAAAAAGAUAAAAGAGUGUUUAAUCACUGCUUUACAGGCACCUGUGUGAUUGACUGGCUGGUGUCCAGCAGCUCCAUCCGAAAUCGCAAAGAAGGUCUCCUGCUUGCCUCUUCCCUCUUGAGUGAAGGCUACCUGCAGCCUGCUGGGGACACAUCCAAGGCAGCUGCAGAGGGACUGUCAGACACCCCCUUCCUGGAUCUCAGUGAUGCCUACUAUUACUUUCCAGACAGUGGAUUUUUCUGUGAGGGAUAUUCCAGUGAUGAUGAUGUGGUCCUAAAAGAAGAAUUCAGAGGCACAAUUGUCAAACAAGGAUGUUUGCUGAAACAGGGACAUCGGAGGAAGAACUGGAAAGUGAGAAAGUUCGUUUUAAGAGAUGAUCCUGCAUAUCUUCACUAUUAUGAUCCUGCUGGAGGAGAAGAACCACUGGGAGCAAUUCACUUGAGGGGCUGCGUGGUGACAGCAGUGGAAGAUAUGCCAGACACCAAGAAGUAUGAUGCUGACAACAUCCUCUUUGAAAUCAUCACAGCAAAUGAAAUCCACUAUUACUUGCAAGCAGCCUCAUCCACAGAGCGUACAGAAUGGAUCAAAGCAAUCCAGUCAGUUUCUAGGACUGGUAAAUGAAGACAAUCUUCCAACAAGACAGACAAAUUAAAUGAGUUACUCAAAGCAAAAUUUAGCAUUUCCCUAAGAGAAAGCAGUAUCAUCCCAAAGCACUUGUAUGUUGGAGUUGAGGAUUGGGUGGAAGUUUCAAUUUUAUAGUGGGCACUAAAAAACUAACAUUUUUUCCAUUUGUGUUAUGGUAAUAUUUUACUAAAUUAUAACAUAGAAUAUGCCAUAUUAGUGUGUUGCUUAGAGUAAUCAGUUGACCUUGACAAGGUUGUACCUGUUACCACAGCUGAUACUGGGAAUCUCACCAUUAACAGGGAACACAGUCAUGUCACUGACAGAGAGUACCUCAAUUAUUCAUUUUCUUCAGCCUGUGAUGUGUUUCAGGAUUUUCAUUGUCUUCUCCAGACAAGUUUUACUCUUUCUUCUUUACUAGAUCUUGUUGCUGCUUGUUCACUUAAACAAAUAAUGCCAUAGAUAUAAGGAAAAUAAGUCAACUCACUCAUUUGGAAACCUGAUCCACUCCUUUCCAAUCUGUCAGCAUUAAGGGAGGGAAGAAUGCAGACAGCUAUGGAAACACCAUAGUAUAACUCCAUGGAGUUAUAUGCUAUGGAACCAAGUAUAACUCCAUGACAGCAAUAUGAGGAAAAGUCUCUUCCCACAGUAUUUCAAACACAAAGGAAUCUCACUCCAAACUCCGUAUCACCCCAUUUUAAACCUUGCCAAACUUCUCCACAAGAAUCUGCCCCGGGAGACCAUUGUUUCCUUUUAUUUAGGUCUACAAAGCAGAUGCUGGGUUGUUAGGUACAGCACUCUAUUUGAAUUAAGAAUCUUGCAGGGGAAGGGCAAGGAUACAUGGGUUGGUUAUUUGAACUAUUGAUUGAAGUGGUUUUGAUUAGGUUUUCCUUUUUUAACCUCCAGCAACAUACUCAGUCCUUGAUUCUGUGCCUUAGCAAUAUAAGAGAAACCUUGUGCU